AAAAAAAAGAUAUUUUAAAAUUCCAAUAUCAAAGAUAUGUCUGUUUAUAUUGGAAUUUCAAAAUAUCUGAAUUUCUGGUUAAGCUUAACAGGAUUGCCAAGGUUUCCAUCCAAUGAAACCAAUGCCCUUACAUUCUACAAAAGUAAAUGUAAAUGCCACCAAAUUCAUAUUAAUAAAUGCGUGGUUUGUACAGGUUAGAAAUAAAACUGCUUAGAACCCAAAUUGUGAAAAAUUAAUUUAGCAUCAGAUGCAAUUUCAAAAAUCACACAUAUUUAUUUAUUAAAACUAUGCUAAGGAUUUCUUUUUAAGACAUUGGAUGUUACAAAACAAAACUAAAAUAUUUUUAAAAUUAUAUUAAAAGGUGUAAAAAUCGUAAAAUGGAAAAGGCUGCCGAAACAUGGGAGAAAAGAGCUGCAAAACUACAGACUAACAUCCAACUCAAUAACUACUGGGCACUUGAUGGCUAUCUUUGGCGAAUUACAACAGACAUCACCAAAAUAGAAGAAAAGUGCCUAAUUUAUACAGUAGCUGAAAUGACAGAAAUUAAGCGUUACAUAUCCAAAGAUCUGGACAAAGUAACCAGUGCUAUAAAGAAAUUUGUCCCAAUAUUAGAAGAGGAUGCUAAAAAUGUAAAUAAAAAAUUUCAAUCUGUCAUGGAAAAGUGUAGAAUAUUAAGAGCUUAAAUGCUGGCUUUUUUC